AAUAGCCUACCACAUAGAAGGCAAGAAAGAAAUUAGAGUACAUUGAACAUGGACAAUACAGAAGCAGCAAAGCAAAUCAAUCUCCAUGGCAACCUCAUCACUGCAUCCAACGAUGAGAAUCUAACAAACAUUUUUCACCAAAUCAGAACUUCCAAAUCCCCUGCGGUGAUCAACUUCGGUGCAUCAUGGUGUCGUGUUUGUGCAGAGAUCCUCCCUUCGUUUAACCAAUUAAGCAACAAGUUCCCAAAACUUUCAUUUGUGUAUGCAGAUAUCGAUGAAUGCCCAGAAACAACCCAACAUAUUCGAUACACACCCACUUUCCAUUUCUAUCGAGAUGGUGAAAGAGUCGACGCCAUGUUUGGUGCCGGUCAAGAAAGGUUACACGACCGUCUCUGGUUACACUCCUAAUUUUAAGUAAAUUAAACUUUCGGAGGGAUGUUUCUUAAUGCCCUUAAAUAGCUUAAUAGCUUAAUAGGUUAUCACUUAAUAUGGACAUUAUAUAUGUAUGUUAAUAUUUUAUUUAAUCUGGACAAAAAAAUUCUUCCAACUUAAUGUAUUAAAUUAAGACA